CAACCGCUCCGUUAUUCAAAUUUUUUCCUAAAUUUUCGAUCUCUCCGCCAAUCUCACCCUCCAAAAUGUAUCUCUCUCUCUCUCUCACACACACACAGAGUAAAUGCUCAAACUGCUGAAUUUUAAACUCUGAUCUUCCACACACGCACAUAUUUAUUUAUAUAUGUGAAUGUAUAUAUUAUUAGUAUUGUUAGGUUGUUGAUUUUGAAUUCACAUGGCGACAUCGGCGUUCAAAUCGACGACGAAGAGAACGCCGAUCGGAGCCUCAUCGUCGUCGGCGGAGGACUCCGGAUCCUCCAAUCAGAGCUCAGCUCACCGCCGCUCGCGCAGCCUGAGCCGGUUCUCGCACCGGAUACCCGUGCCGGGAAGCGACGAGUUCGACGACGGCGUUCCGGCUCCGAGAGGGAAGUUCGUGAACACGGUGAGAGGCUCGGGGUUCCCGGAGAUCAGCCUCGACGACCUCGCCAUCGAGUUCUUCCACUCCGGCGAUCGAGGCCGCUCGGGCUCGAGGAGCUCCGAGGCCGGCCCGGCGAGCGGUCUUGGUGCGUCGUCGUCGUCGUCGUCGCUGAGACGAGGGAGGUCAGUGUCGAGACAGAGCUCAAAAGCAGGGGUAGAUGGGAGGAGCAGUGUGUGUAAUAGUUCCGGUGGAGGAAGGGUAGUUUCAGAAAGUAAUUCGAGGAGGCGGCGCUCGGUUUCUGUAGUGCGGUGUCAGAUUAGCGAUUCGGAGAGCGAUCUAGAUCCCUCUCAAAACUCCAGCAAUCAUGCUAAUCUGAAGAGUAUUGGUAGUGGAAACAACCAAAUGCCAUUAUCCAAUCGACCAGCAGUUUCAAAGCAAAGACAAGUAUUGAGAAGGUCUUUUAGUCAAAAAGACUUGAAGUCCCAUGAUGACCAUUCAAGCCAGUCUUCAGUCCUUACUGAUGAUGAAGGAAGGGAUUCUCAUUCCAGUAAAAGUGGGAUUGAGAGGAUAAUACGAGCAGUUUAUGCACAAAAGAAGGCAAAGCACCCUGCUGCAGAUGGCGUUAACAGUGAAUUGUAUGCAGAAAUGCGUGAAGAACUUAGAAAUGCUGUGGAGGAGAUCAGAAUGGAACUUGGAAAAGAAAUGGCUAAAACAAAAACCUCUUUUUCAGCAAGUGGUGAUUGCUUGAAACCAACUAAUUCUGAAGUUUUUCAGGCAGUUUCUUCAAUCAGAAGGAACUCAACAAAAUUGGAGCAGUCAGAGAUGCGUAAACAAGAUUUACUGGCUGAAAUAGUGUUGGAGGAGCAACAUGGUCGGGAACUCUCUAAGACAGUGAAGGAAUUGCUUCCUGAACCAAAGAAAACUGCUACAGGAAAACCUUCACGAGCCAGAAAGAGGAGUAAUGACAGAAGUAGGAUGUCAAAUCGAUUGACCGAGGAGGCAGGGAAGUAUAUUGAGGACUUCAUUUCUAAUGUUGAGGAUACGGACAUUUCAUCUCUUGAUGGAGAAAAGAGUGAUACAAGCUCAUCUUUUGGAGGAAUUGUAAAGUCAGAAACUUUUCGAAGUCCAGUGGCAUUUAAUUCUCUUCCCGUCGAAAUGGAUGGGGUUGUACUGCCUUGGUUGGACUGGGAAGCUAGUAAUGAUGCUACUCCGCAAUCAUGCAAGAGUAAGGCAGAGCCGCCUAAAACUCCAAGUACAUUGUUGGAUGCAGCUCAGGAAGCGUGCAGUGCACAAAAUCAAAGUAAUCAUUCUGCCAGCAGUCGUGGGAGUUGGAGCCCCGGAUAUAUUGUUGGCUUGCCAAUGAACAUAAGAGAAGAUUCAUGGAAUAAAUCUGGAGAACCUUGUAGCUACAAUAGCCAAUCUUGUUCUGGUGAAUCGCGGGGGUUAAGGUUUGACAUUGACGAUUAUCUCAAGCUUCAAAGCGACGAAGAUUUUCUCUUCGAAAGAUGGAAGCAACAACAGACAAUUAAUUCAGGCAGUCUUCUGCUUUGUAAUCACAUGUUUUUUUAGCUAUGAUCCCCUUUUCAAGGUUUAUUUUCCCACAUUUUCGACUACAUUAGAUUGUUUGUAUAUAUGCUCGGUUCAAUUUUUUCCAAAA